CUAUCUUUCCCGCAGUCUCCCACGCAUUCCGGCUCUUCUCAUCACUAAUAGAUUCAUUGCCAUAAGCUUCUCUCUUGUACAGUUCAAUAAAUAAUAUCAUUAUAUUCUAUUGUAUUCGUCCGCAUCCUCCGAGAUUUCGCGCGCGCCCCGCCAUGCCUCGCGAUCCCCUCAUCGGGCUGGUUGGCAAGCCCUCUGCCGGCAAGAGCAGCACGCUCAACAGCUUAACAGAUGCUUCCUCUAAAGUUGGCAACUUCCCAUUUACCACCAUUGAUCCUCAGCGAGCGAUAGGAUACCUUCAGAUCGACUGCGCCUGUGCGCGCUUCAACGUAUCAGACAGAUGCAAGCCCAACUACGGAUCUUGCGUAGACGGCCGACGAUCUGUACCGAUCGAGCUUCUAGAUGUCGCGGGAUUAGUGCCUGGUGCGCAUCAAGGCCGCGGCUUGGGAAACAAAUUCUUGGACGAUCUACGACAUGCCGAUGCGCUUAUUCACGUAGUUGAUGCGUCCGGAACUGUCGAUGCGGAAGGCAAGGAGACGAGAGGCUACGAUCCUUCGGUUGAUAUCGCGUGGCUGCGCAGUGAGGUUGUUGCAUGGAUUUUGGGCAAUCUGAUGCAAAAAUGGGGAGGCAUCAAGCGGCGACAUAUCGCGGUCAAGGCGACGGCUGUCGAGACAUUACAAAACCAGUUUUCCGGUUAUGGAUCCACAAUAGUAACGGUACAGCGGACAAUAGAUCGAUCAGGCGUGAAAGAGCCUCUGGAGGAGUGGUCAGACGAAACGAUUGAACACAUUGUCAACUGCUUCAUCGACGAAAAGUUCCCGACGGUUAUAGCGCUAAACAAGAUCGAUCAUCCCGAUGCAGAUAAGAACAUUGCCAAGAUUGCCAAGAUGCAGGACCCUAAUGCGGUUGUACUCUGUUCGGCAAUUUCAGAAAUCUUCUUGAGGAAAAUGGCGAAGCAAGGAUACAUCAAAUACGUGGAGGGAAGCGAAUUCAUCGACACGAGAGAAGAUCUCAUCGAGCAAGGUGACCCUACAGGAGGCGGCCUCAAAGAACUCGACGAAAAGAACCGAAAUCGAAUAGAGAAUCUAAAGGAUAUGGUGCUCUACCGGUUUGGGUCUACUGGAGUCGUACAGGUGCUGUCCAAGGCAGCUGAGCUGCUCGGCUUGGUACCCGUCUUCCCCGUCCGAAACACGACGACAUUUAGCUCUGGAGCGUCCGAAUCCAAAUUUGUCUUUAGAGAUUGCGUGCUGGUGAAGAAGGGGUUGACAGUGGGUGACGUUGCUCGGAAGGUGAUGGGUGAUGCGCCGAUUGCGUUUGUGGAAGGAGUUGGAAACAUGAGGGUAUCUGAAGAUGAUGUCGUUGCCGUGGGGAAGAAUGAUGUAUUAUCAUUCAAGGUUGGGCGGACAUGAUGGAAACAACGAAGCUUUAUGAUGGAAGCAACGAAGCUUUAUGAUGGAAGCAACGAAGCUUUAUGAUAUAAGUAUUGCAUCGCCUUCUAGCAUGCGUCGUAAAUAGAAGAAACUUAUGAUAUCCAUCCUCUACUCAUGACCAACUUGCUGUAAUUAGAAUACUCAACAUCACUAUCUGAGUAGAUUUCUCGAAGUUAUUGAUGGCAGAUUGUCAAGUAACUUUUCAAGGAUCUCCAAAUACA